AAUAUGGCAGACUCCACAGUACAUGUUUUACAUGCUGCUUUUUGUGCCAACCGGUGCCCUCACUGUGUUAGCUGGAAUCGUGGCGGGAUUUUGGCUGUUGGUACCUGUCAUUCCGUAGCAUUAUACGACCCUGAGAAUAAGACUGUGUUGUCAAUGCUAAAUGGUCAUGCUGGACGAGUGAAUGCUGUGCACUGGAUUCAGAAAAGUGACUGCAGUGCUGAAUCAGAAUUGGUUUCUGGUGGAUCAGAUAAAUUAGUCAUUAUUUGGAAACUAAAACAAAAUGAGUGUGAACAAUUUACUGUGCUGGAAGGUCACACUGAAGCCGUUUGUGCAGUUCAUGCUGUAUAUACACAUUCAGCAUCCGAAGAUGAUCUGCUUAUAGCAUCUGCUGCUUCAGACUGCACUGUUCGACUAUGGUACAGGAAGAAAUCUACAGCUGAAUGCCUUCAGACACUGAACUUUGGAAAUGGGUUUGUUCUGGAUGUUUCAUUAUCUUUUCUACCUGGCAGUGGAGUUCCGAUUUUAUCUUGUGGUGGAGAUGACAGCAAGAUUCAUUUGUAUGUACAACAGAAUGGGCAGUUUCACAAAGUGCAAGUUCUUCAUGGACACGAGGACUGGGUGAGAGGUGUGGAAUGGGCAGUUAAUGAAGGGAAUCUGUUUUUAGCAAGCUGCUCUCAAGACUGCCUCAUCCGCAUAUGGAAGAUAUUUUCUAAAUCAGCAUCAGAGUCCAUUAUAAUAGAAGAUAAUGGAGAUGAAAGUGUAAUCAAGCUUAAGGAGAAGAUAUUCCAAGUGAUAGGGAACCACGGGGAAACCUCUUAUGCAGUAACACUGGAAAGUGUCUUGGCUGGUCAUGAAAAUUCAGUUUAUGCUGUACACUGGCAACAAUCUUUUUCGAAAGAUGGCAGCAUUAUACAACCAAUGAGUCUCUUGUCAGCGUCAAUGGACAAAACCAUGAUUCUUUGGGGACCAGAUGAAGAAUCUGGAGUAUGGUUAGAGCGGGUUCGUGUUGGAGAGGUUGGAGGAAACACUCUGGGAUUUUUUGGCUGUCAGUUCAGUCCUGAUAAUUCUAUGAUUCUUGCUCACGCCUUUCAUGGAGCUUUGCACUUGUGGAAUCAGAAUCCUGCAAAACCAGAUGAAUGGGUUCCUAUGGUUGUGAUUUCAGGACAUUUCAAUAGUGUGCAGGGUCUGCAGUGGGAUCCCGAUGGACAGUUUGUGAUUACAGUUGGUGCUGAUCAAACCACAAGACUAUUUGGUCCAUGGAAGAGAAAAGGACAUUCUCAGGUGACAUGGCAUGAAAUUGCAAGACCCCAAAUACACGGUUAUGACAUGCAGUGUAUCGCUAUGAUUGGUAGAUUUCAAUUUGUGUCCGGAGCUGAUGAAAAGGUUCUUAGAGUAUUUGAUGCUCCUAGGAACUUCAUUGAGAAUUUCAGUAAUAUUUCUGGCAUAUCUAUGCAGAAUCUUCUGUCAAAUGGAGACACAAGACUUCCAGAAGGUGCCACUGUGCCUGCCUUGGGUUUGUCGAAUAAAGCAGUCUUUCAAGGAGAACAUUGUACACAUUCAGAACAAGAAGACGAGAAAUACAAUAGUGCAUCUGAUCAGAAUUAUCAACCCUCAUUUCAACCCUUAAUCCUCACAGAGCCACCUACGGAAGAUCACCUUUUACAAAAUACUCUCUGGCCAGAAGUGCAAAAGCUGUAUGGACAUGGAUAUGAAAUUUUCUCCGUCGCUUCUAACAAUGCAAUGACUUUAAUUGCUUCAGCAUGUAAGGCUUCUAAAAAAGAACAUGCAGCAAUUAUUUUAUGGAGCACCACAAGCUGGAAACAGCUGCAGAGCUUGCCUUUUCACAACUUGACUGUUACUCAGAUGGCAUUUUCUCCAAAUGACAAAUUCUUAUUAGCAGUUUCCAGAGAUAGAAACUGGUCCCUGUGGAAGAAGCAAGAGGGAAUUUCAGGACAAUCAGGUGGAUAUCAAGUUGGUCAUUGUAUGGGGCAACUGUAACACUGACACCAAUGAAGAAAAUAGCACUGGGAUUAUUAGCCCUUGUUCUACUCUCUUAGAUACAGGAGACUCUGUGACUGCCCUCAGUAUCAGUCGCAUUCUUGCACACGAUGGGAGUUAUAUCUUUGCUGUUGGAUUAGAUUGUGGGAAAAUUAAUGUUUACAAAUGGAAACACACUGGAGCAGUAAAUGACUGGAUAAAGUGUUUUGAGAUUGACAAAAGCCUUUGUCACAUGCUGACUGUCAAGCAGCUUUGCUGGAGAAGUCGUCCAGGCAGAGCUGGACUUGACGAUCUGGAUAACGAUGGAGAGUGGCUACAGCUGGCAAGCUGUGGAGCAGAUCACUGUGUUAAGAUAUUUAAUGUUAACAGAAAUGCUCUGUAAUGGUGCUCCUAUUUAAGAAAACAUUAAAUGUUUCCUAAUAUGACUUCAUGCUUACUAUGGUAUUUUCAUUCUGCAUUGAAAGGUUAGCACACAGAUGUGUGGAAGGUGCAUUGCUUUAACUAAUACAUUCACUAUUGUCAAAUAGUUUGAGACGUAAAGGGACAGUAUACUCAUGAAUUCAUCUGAUAAGAGUUCAUUGUAUUAAAACUAAUCUCUCUUACCCUCAAUGGGAGGUUGACCUCUGCUGCUGUCUCUUGUUUAUAUAGCUUUUCUAACAGAAAUACUGCAGUAUUUGUGUUUUUAGUAUAGGUUUCAAUUUCAUCAGGCAGAAACAGCUAUUUCGAAUGGCAAAAUAAAGGUUAAUGAGUUACUUAUAAACAUUUUAUUACAUUACAGCAGGUAAAUGGAUCAUUGGCAACACAGGGGAGAAAAUGUUACCGUACAAUAUCCCUUUAAUUUUAAAGUAUUUGAUUAAAAUAAAACUGUUUGUAAGCUUUGAGAGUAAUUGGAAAUUGUCCUAAGUAUAUUGUAUAUAUUGGUACUUUAUUCAGAAUAUAUCUCUAAAAAAAUGUAACACGUUUUUUAGGUUAUACCCUUCUGUGUGGACAUUAAUACCAUAUUUAUCAAAAAUAUGGUAUUUCAAUAAGUGUUUUUAUAUAUAUUUCUGUGGUAAAUAAACUCACUUUUUUGCCA